GUCCACUGCAGUCUGGCCUGCACAUCAUGAUGGAGCAGACAGGGACGAAGGCUGGCGGCGAUGCGGGCCCCACGAGCGAGGCGGGCAGCUCGAAGGAGCCACAGGCACAGGAGCAAGCGGUGACGCAGCAUGUUCCUCAACAUCAGCAACAAAAGGAGUCGACGAGAGCUGCAGAGGCACCCUCGCGCUCCAAGUUCAUCUCGGCUGGUGACCUCGUCAUCGUCUGGAUGUCCCGCGACAAAACGCCGACACCGCUCACAGUGACGCCCGGCGCGGAGCUGUUCAACAACUACGGCUGCUUCUCGCACGACGCCAUGAUCGGCCUUCCCUUUGGCGCCAAGCUGGCCUCGCGAAACCGGCGCGGCUUCGUCUUCUUACUCCGGCCAAGUCCCGAGAUGUGGACGCUGGCGCUGCCGCACCGGACGCAGAUCCUGUAUGCGCCCGACAUGGCCUUUAUCGCUGCGCACUUGGGCUUGGGACCGGGCGCGCGCGUCAUUGAGGCUGGCACGGGCAGUGGCAGCUUCACGCACUUCCUGGCGAGGACCGUCGGGAGGAAACACGAGCAGACGGGCGGGUGGGGAUGGAAGGGCGGGCCGCAGAGAAAGAGGCGGCAGCAGGAGAGGAACCAAGGGAGGAAAGCUGGAGGUAGGGAGCAGCAGGACGGAGACGACAACGAGGGUGGUGGUGGCGGCGGUGGCGGCGGUGGCGAUGACGACGACGACGAUGAUGACGAAGAGGAGGAAGAGGUGGAGGCGGAGGCGAAAGAGCCAGAAGACGAGGCUGAGCGAGACAUGCUGGGCCUGCUGGGGACUGCGCCCGAUCCUCACGUCUCGCCGCGCCAGGGACGGGUGUGGUCCUUUGAAUUCCACGCAGGCCGAGCAACGCAGGCCUACCAGGAGUUCCUCGCGCACGGCCUCGUCGACAGGAUCGAGCCCGAGGUCCCUACUAUGGGCGACUCGACGACGACGACGACGACGACGACGACAGCGCAUCCGCACAGCCGAGGCAAGACAGUCUCGCUGCGCCAUCGCAACGUCAUCAAGGACGGUUUCGGCCUCGAAGACUGCGCCGACGCCGUCUUUCUCGACGUGCCUGCGCCCUGGGACGCGGUGCGGCAUGCCGCCAAGGCGCUCCGGCGAGACGUGGCCUGCCGCAUCUGCUGCUUUUCGCCCUGCGUCGAGCAGGUCCUCAAGACGGUGGCCGCGCUCCGAGAGGUCGACGGUGUUGCUGCCGGCGCUGAUAGCAGCAACAGCAACAGCAGCAGCAGCGAAGGGGGGGCCGAGGCGGGGGGCGAAGCGGCCGCGGCGAGAUGGACGGACAUUGAGACGUACGAAUGCCUGAUGCGGACGCACAUGAGCGUCAAGGUGGGCCCGGGACAGUACCACGAGAUGAAGCCGAUCAGCGAGGCGAUUGAGCGGAUAAAGGAGGUCGAGGCGCGCAAGGCGCGGCGGAGAGAGAUCCAGAUUGCGAGGGCGCGCAGGGAGCGAGAGGCCAAGCUUGCCGGUGAUGUGGCAGGGACGGAGGCGGGGGCGAACGGAGCUGGAGACGAGGAUGAGAUGGCAGUAGACGACGACGACGAGGAGGAGGAAGGAGGCGAUGGUGCUGCUGCUGCUGCUGCUGCUGCUGCUGGAGGAUCGCGCGGCACAAAGCGGCCGCACGAUGGCGGUGAUGAAGACGACCACGGUGACAUAGAGCACGACCGAGCAGCCGAGAGUGGUGGUGGUGGCCCAUCCAACAAGGCCAAUGGAAGGCUGGCGGCCUCGCGCAAGGCAAAGGCGGCCGCGGCGGCAGACGAGGGCGGCGUGCGCAUCUAUGCAAAGCCAUUUGCAGACAUGCGCGGCCACACGUCGUACCUGACCUUUGCGACGCUCAUGCCGCGCAUCAUCCGGCAGGAGCUGGAUCCGACGCUGGAAAAGGAAAAGGAGGCGGCGAGGCGCAAGGAGAUCAACGACGAGCGCAUCAGGAAGCGACGGGAGGAGAAGCUGAAGCAGAAGGCGCUCGAAGAGGAGGCGGUUCAGGCGCAGACAGCGACACCUCCUCAGGCCGAGGCAGAGACAGAGGAGCAGCCAAAGCAGGCUGGCGCGGUGCCACCGUCGGAGGAGCAGAAGCCGCCCGAGGCUGCAGACCGCACAUCGACCGAUUGAUAAAGGGACAGUCUGAUGUUGCAAUUGUCUAAUUAUAUAUAGAAUACACAAGGGGCAGGGAAAGAAUGAGGCUGGA